CCAUCCUCACUUCCUCUCAAGGAGGGAGCACGAAUAAGGCGACGCCCAAGUCGACCCGCUGCCCGUUCUUGUCACAGGAACUUCAGCACCCAAGGGACGGACAGCGCUCUCCUCCACCUGGAGACCUGAGUCCCGAGCGCCCACUGUCUAAUUAAUCCCUUUACUCCGGAGCCCGGCAGAGCUCCAUUAGACUCGGAUCCCCGCCACUAGCCCUCCCCGCGCCCACUCUCCUAGCUUUUCCUGUUUUUACUCCUCCUUUUCAUUCAUAACAAAAGCUACAGCUCCGGGAGCCCGGCGCCAAGCUGUUUCCGAAGCCAAGCGUGGAAGAAUGGGUUUCCUUUGGACCGGCACUUGGAUUGUGGUAUUGGUGCUCCACAGCAGCCCAAUUCAGGCUUUCCCCAAACCGGCAGGCAGCCAAGACAAACCCCUACACAAUAGAGAAUUAAGUGCAGAAAGACCUUUGAAUGAGCAGAUUGCUGAAGCAGAAGCAGACAAGAUUAAAAAAACAUACCCUCCAGAAAACAAGCCAGGUGAAAGCAAUUAUUCCUUUGUUGAUAACUUGAACCUGCUAAAGGCCAUAACAGAAAAGGAAAAAAAUAAGAAAGAAAGACAAUCUGUAAAAAUUUCCCCAAAUGAUAAUAAAUUGAAUGUCGAAGAUGUUGAUUCAACCAAGAAUCGAAGACUGAUUGAUGAUUAUGAUUCUACUAAGAGUGGACUGGACCGUAAAUUUCAAGAUGAUCCAGAUGGCCUUCAUCAACUUGAUGGCACUCCUUUAACUGCUGAAGACAUUGUCCAGAAAAUUGCUACCAGGAUUUAUGAGGAAAACGACAGAGGAGUAUUUGACAGGAUCGUGUCCAAACUGCUGAAUCUUGGCCUAAUUACAGAAAGCCAGGCACACACCCUGGAAGAUGAAGUUGCAGAGGUUUUACAAAAAUUGAUCUCUAAGGAAGCCAAUAAUUAUGAAGAGGAACUCAAUAAACCAACAAGCAAGACUGAGAGUCAGACUGGGAAAAUACCAGAGAAAGUGACUCCAAUGGCAGCAAUUCAAAAUGCUUUUACUAACGGAGAAAAUGAUGAAACAGUAUCUAACACUUUAACCUUGACAAAUGGCUUGGAAAGGAGAACCAAAACCUACAGUGAAGACAACUUUGAGGAACUCCAAUAUUUCCCAAACUUCUAUGCACUACUGAAAAGUAUUGAUUCAGAAAAAGAGGCAAAAGAGAAAGAAACCUUGAUUACUAUCAUGAAAACCUUGAUUGACUUUGUGAAGAUGAUGGUAAAAUAUGGCACCAUAUCUCCAGAGGAAGGUGUUUCCUAUCUUGAAAACCUGGAUGAAACAAUUGCUCUUCAGACCAAGAAUAAACUAGAAAAAAACGUUACUGACAAUAAGAGCAAACUUUUCCCAGUGCCAUCAGAGAAGAGUCAUGAAGAAACAGACAGUACCAAGGAAGAAGCUGCUAAGAUGGAAAAGGAGUAUGGAACCUUGAAGGAUUCCACAAAAGAUGAUGACUCCAACCCAAGAGGAAAGACAGAUGAGCCCAAAGGGAAAACAGAAGCCUAUUUGGAAGCCAUCAGAAAAAAUAUUGAUUGGUUGAAGAAACACAACAUAAAGGAAAAUAAAGAAGGACAGAGGAACCACAAAGAGGUUAUGGUUUCGCUUUUCACUCCCUGCAUACAAUUCAAACAACAUGAAAAUCAAGAUUAUGACCUUUCAAAGAUGAGGGACUUCAUCAACCAACAAGCUGAUGCUUAUGUGGAGAAAGGCAUCCUUGAUAAAGAAGAAGCCGAUGCUAUUAAGCGUAUUUACAGUAGCCUGUAAAAAUGGGAAACGACCCAGGAGUCUUUUAACUGUUUCAGAAAAUGUAGUGUAGCUUAAAACACUUCUAAUUCUGUGAUUAAAGUUAUUUUGACCCAACGAUUAUUAAAGUGCUAAAUUUACAGUAGUUACUCUUAAAAGUGGUGAAAACAAUAGCUUUCUUGCCGUAAAUACUAUCUGAAAAGUAAAGUUGUAUGUAAGCUGAGAGUUUGUAUAUAGAAUUCUUAUUUCUUUAUAGAUUUACAUUUUAUAACCAGAUAUAUGUUUCUUUGGAAAAGUCUGUAAUGGAGUAACUUAAAGCUGGACCCUCAUUCCACUGUGUCACACAUACAAAUACCACCCCCCCUUGAAGAAUUAGGGGGCUCUGUUUUCAAGGCAUGCUGGGUACCAAAGCACCUCAUAGACUAUCUGUUACAAGAUGUCACUUCUGUACCUCUUCCCUUUUGGGAGCUGAAAUAAAUUCACAUUUCCUCGAAGCCUCUACA